CGUCCUUUACAGUUUCAGCCAUCAAAAUCUCACAAGAAAGUUUUGAAAAAAAUGCUGAAAUUUCUGGCUAAAGGAGAGAUUUCGAAAGGCAGUUGUGAGGAUGAGCCUAUGGAUUCCACAAUGGAGGAUGCUGUUGCUGGUGACUUUGCAUUGAUGAACAAGUUGGAUAUAAAGUGUGAUCUUAAAACACUCAGCAGUGACCUCAAAGGAAGCAUAGAGAGUGAGGAGAAGAAAGAAAGUAUAAAGAAAGAAGCAUCUAAAGAAUUAAUUCACCCACAAGCUAUAGAGGAGAAGUUGGGCUCUGGUGAACCAUCACAUUCAAUCAAAGUUCAUACUGGUCCUAAGCCAGGUAAAGGGGCUGAUUUGAGUAAGCCUCCAUGUCGAAAAGCAAAGGAAAUGCGGAAAGAAAGGAAAAGGUUAAAACUCAUGCAGCAGAACUCAGCUGGAGCCUUUGAAGGUUUCCAGGCUCAAGGUCAGCCAGUAUCUUUGUUACCAAAGGCUAAAACCAACCAGCCCAAGUCACUUGAAGAUUUGAUUUUUGAGUCUUUACCAGAGAAUGCAUCACACAAAUUAGAGGUGAGGGUGGUGAGAUCUUCUCCACCGAGUCCUCAGUUCAAAGCCACAUUUCAGGAGUCUUACCAGGUCUAUAAGCGUUACCAGAUGGUUAUUCACAAGGACCCACCUGAUAAACCAACUGUGAGCCAGGUGAGGCUAGUCCCUGCCUCCUUUGAGGACCCAGAGUUCAAGUCAUCCUUCAACCAGUCCUUUUCUUUAUAUGCCAAGUAUCAAGUGACCAUACACCAGGAUUCACCUAUUGAAUGUGGAAAGACUGAG